AUGACCUCCAGAAGCCACAACUCCUUACCGAGAACUCUGAUGGCUCCACGAAUGCUUUCUGAAGGUGCCCUUGGGGGCAUCGCCCAAAUCACCCCCUCGCUGUACCUGAGCCGGGGCAGCGUCGCCUCCAACCGGCACCUGCUGCUCUCCCGGGGAAUCACCUGCAUAAUCAACGCGACCAUCGAGAUUCCCAAUUUUAACUGGCCCCAGUUUGAAUACGUGAAAGUGCCUUUGGCUGACAUGCCCAACGCCCCCAUCUCCCUGUACUUCGACAGCGUCGCCGACAAGAUCAACAGCGUGGCGCGGAAGCACGGGGCCACCUUAGUCCAUUGUGCCGCCGGCGUGAGCAGGUCGGCCACCCUCUGCAUCGCCUACCUGAUGAAGUACCACAAGGUGUCCCUCUUUGAGGCAUACAACUGGGUCAAAUCGAGACGCCCCGUUAUACGCCCCAACGUGGGCUUCUGGAGGCAACUGAUAGACUACGAGAGGAAGCUCUUUGGGAAGACGACGGUUAAAAUGGUACAGACACCCUAUGGCAUCAUCCCAGACGUUUACGAGAGAGAGAGGAGACCCCUGAUGCCUUACUGGGGAAUUUAAUGGGACUGCAGACAGGAAGCACAACAGAAGGGACGCGCUGAUUCCGAGUCGACCAAACGGGAGACAUUCCCUUCUCCUUCUACAGCCAACUUUGGUUCUUUACCAUACAGCAGAACCUCAACUACUUCUCACCUCACUAACCUGCAAGGCCAACGAUUCCCUUCAAAGCAUUUCUCUCUACAGGGAUUCCCCCAUCCGCAUUUCUCUGAUUUAGCAGAAUGAGGUCUCCUUCUAAGUUUAUUCCUUUCAUAAAGCCUCCCUCCCUUUUUCAGUGAGUUUAUUAGUAUCCUGUGCGGAAAGGCCUAACAGGCAUUGGGCAGAGUUCAUGAACAAAGUGCGCUUUGUGAUGCGGUAG